AUAAUUUGGCUAAUUAAGGUGUUACAUUAUAUUUGCCUCCACCAGUACGUGCUUUUCCAACGAGCGCUUGUCUUCUGGGGAUUGGGGCGUUUGUGUAUAAGGAGAAGAGGAGCAAGGGGGAUAGGUGGAGACGGCGAGGAUGGAGUUACGAAUCCUUCCUUGUACAAGAACAAGAGUCAAGAAGGAAGCCUCAAUCGCCAAGAAGCACCAAGUUGAGCUCCCCAUGCUUGCUUGAUCAUGAUAUCCUGUAGUGAUUAAUUUGUGGAAUCAAGAAGGCCUUGUUGCUUAAUUAUUAAAUAAGGUACAAAAACAAUUCAAUUUAAGGAGAAAUCUUUAGGAUUAAUAACUCAACCAUAUAUGGGAAAAAAAUCCAAAACUACCACCGUUUAAAAAAAAUUUACAAAAAUACCACCCACUCCAAAUAAUUUCCAAAAAUACCAUCCUUUAUUUAAAACCGCGCCUCUAUGUAGCGGUUUUUACUUAAACCGCGCUUCCAGGAAGCGUUUUAGAUAAUAACCGCACCUCGGUAAAGCGUUUUUAAUUUCCAGAACAAAACGCUCUUGGAAGGAGCGGUUAUAGGCUAACCCUACCACAAAACGCUUUAGGAAAGAGCGUUUAUGUGUCGGCAUUACAAACCGCCUACCCAAAGGGCGGUUUAUAGUGUCAGGACACAAACCGCUCCUCCAAGCGGCGUUUUAUAGUGUCAGGACACAAACCGCUGCCCCAAGGAGCGGUUUGUGCCUGGUCACCCGACAGCCAACAUGUCGGACAUGUCGGCAUGCAGGGGGUAGGGCACGUAGGGCUUCAUGGCAGACCGAAACCGCUCCCCCGCCCAUCGAUUUUGGUGCAAAAUUUUGCCUAUAAAAGGCGGUUUCAGAGAACUCAAUUCUUCACACCUCCUCCUCUUCCUUCUUAAAAUUUCAGCUUUAAAUUAUUUAGUUUUUGCGAUUAACGUUUAUUCGUAAGUUUGUUUCGUAAUUACUUUUCAUUGUCCUUUGUUAUUUUAUGUUAGUAACUUAAUUACUUUUCAUUGCCCUUUGUGAUUUUAUGUUAGUAACUUAAUUACUUUCCAUUGUCGUUUGUGAUUUUAUGUUAGUAACUUAAUUACUUUCCAUUGUCAUUUGUGAAUUUAUGUUAGUAACUUAAUUACUCUUCAUUGUCCUUUGUGAUUUUAUGUUAGUAACUUAAUUACUUUCCAUUGUCAUUUGUGAUUUUAUGUUAGUAACUUAAUUACUUUUCAUUGCAGAUUUGUGAUUUUAUGUUAGUAACUUAAUUACUUUUCAUUGUCAUUUGUGAAUUUAUGUUAGUAACUUAAUUACUCUUCAUUGUCAUUUGUGAUUUUAUGUUAGUAACUUAAUUACUUUUCAUUGCAGAUGGCAUUCCAAAGGUUCACGCUUGGGUUGCGGUGGAAUGGUUACACGGAAGAGACAGAAAAGGGUGUAAGUUACGUCGGUGGCAAUUUUUAUAAAAUGAAGGUCCGUACGAGACCGAUGCUUGAAGAGCUCCAUCAAAUGUGCACUCAGAUUACCUGCAUGGAUGGCACUAGAAGAGUUGAUCGAAUGGUGUAUCGAUAUCCAAACAGACAUGACGGGUCGCUGUGGCAUGAGGAAUUCCUCCUUACCACUCAGGAGGACGUUGAUGCCAUGGUCCAAUUUUUGACCACCAAUAAAAUUAAGCAAGCGGAGAUGUUCGUUUACACCGAGGUCGUCGAAGGCAGUGUAGGUCAUUCUGGAGAUGGCCAAACAUCUGGUAUCCACGGUGGGAGUGUAUUAUACGAAAAUCAUCCCCACCAGGAUUUCCAAGAGUCGAGCUGGAGGCAGGAGUAUCAUCAUGGUACUGGAGGAAGUCAUCAAUCCUUCCCUUCAUAUGAAGAAGAAGCUCAACAGGCGGAUUACAACCAACAAGCAGGCUACCAGUACCCACCCGACUACAACUUCUAUCAAAGCGGUGUUAGUUACCACAACUACCAUUACGGAGCUAGUGAAGGUGAAGGUGCCUUUCAUGCUGGUAGUCAGAUGGAAGAAGAGGUCAAUCCAAGUCCAGUUAGUGACCCUGAGGAUGAAGAAGAGGAAGGCGAAGUUAGUGCAGACAGCGACGAUCCGUUGGAGGGUGCUGAUGAUUCCGGCCCAGAUUCAGACGCAGAUGGUGAUGAGGUAGCUCACGACCGUGUACCUAUUUCAUACUACAAUCACAUUCAAAGUGAAGAUUGGUAUGUUGAUGCCGACAUGGACCCGCCAGAUGUGCCAGUAUGGGGUCCACUAACUGGCUUUACGAAGGGCCAACAAUUUGCAACGAAGAAUGAGGUCCGGCACGCUAUUUCCACUGAAGCAAUGACUCGGAGUUUUGAAUGGCAAACAACCCAUUCCGACACAAAGAGGCUGCUGGUUCGAUGCAGAAAUGAAAAUGAGGGAUGCAAAGCUAGGGUUCGGGCUAUCAAGAGCAAGAGAGUCGGCCAUUGGGUCAUAUCCCGUGCGGUGAACACACACACAUGUGUGUCAUCAAUAACAUCCCAAGGCCAUCGACAGUUGAAAUCAAGGGUGGUUGCCGCGGCUAUCAAACAUCUAAUUGAGGAGCAGCCCGACCUUAAGGUCAAAACCAUCAUCGCCCACAUUUCUAGUCGUUAUGGUUAUAUCAUUAACUACAAGAAAGCAUGGCAUGGGAAACAGAAAGCAAUGGCUGCCGUGUUUGGUGACUGGGAAGAAUCAUAUGCAUUCCUUCCCAAAUUGAUUUUGGCGUUGGAGGUGUCUAACCCUGGCACCAUUUUCUCGCCUCGCUACCAAGAUGAAGAAAUUCAAUCGCCGGCGCCUGGUAACAAUCGCCAAUUCAAGCGUCUUUUCUGGGCCUUCAAGCCAUGUAUUGAUGGUUUUCCAUACUGUGUUCCUGUGAUUCAAGUUGAUGGAACAUUCCUUACCGGCAAGUACAAGGGUACUCUACUGAUUGCCAGCGGAGCAGAUGCAAAUAGAUUAGUAUAUCCAUUAGCCUUUGCCAUUGUGGAGGGAGAGAAUACCGAUAGCUAUGGCUGGUUCUUCAGACAAAUUCAGCUCCAUGUCACUAGGCGGACGAACCUGACCCAAGCCCAAAAUUGGACGAUGAACAUAGCCCCAUCAAUCUCCUUCACCGCUCUCGCACUAGCAUUACAUAGAGAUCGGUAGAGAUGAGCUAAGCAAGCAGAUGCCCAACUCAGGUUUCCCAUGUCAUCCCAAUCACCAAGUAUGAUCUUCAACCAUGAAUUGCUGAUUAGGUUGUUGGAUUUCUUGGGGAAGAAGACUCCUCCGAUCAUGCCGAGGAUGUAGAUACGUGCAUAAAUUUCUUUAUCACGUUCCGAACUUUCCUCCGUGAGGGGAAUGCCUCCGAACUCAGGGUUGUGCUUACGCCUGAUCUCCGCUGUCAACCAAGUGAUGGAUACUUGGCCCUUGGACAAUGGUGGAAGACCAUCCGCAUCGUGAUCUCCCUUCUCUGGCGGACACAACCCGGUGACCAUCCAUAUAAAAUGUUGCCAACCACUCAUAUUGGCAACAACUUUAGGUGGUGGCGUAGAAUCCACACAAACAACAUCACCAUCGAUGGGGAGAUCGGUUAAGAUGGCGAUGUCCUUAAGUGUGAUGGUGCACUCGCCUUCACAAAAAUUGAAGCAGUGUGUCUCCUUUCGCCAUCUCUCUACCAUCGCCGUGAUGAGUUGGCGGUCGAUCUUGAUCCCAUUGAAAUGCCGAAUCGAAUCCAAUCUUGCCCUUUUUAGAAAGGGCAAGAUGACGUCGUUCCAUUCAAGCACAUUCGUUGUGCCCCUAUAGCGGACUAUAUGGUAUGCAUCCUAGAAAAAAUUUUAAAUUUCAUUAUAAGUUGAUGAUUUAUACAUAUAUAAAUAUAUUAUAAGAUACAAUUUAUAUAUAAAUCAAGGUUGUUUUAGAGAAAUAUACAUUAUCUAAUAAACAUUUAUUUUAACAUAACUAAAAUAAUUUUCUAAGAUGCAAUAUUAAUUAAAUGAAGGUUGUUUUAGAGAAAUAUACAUUAUCUAAUUAAAUAUUAAUUUUAACAUAACUAAAUAAUAUUAUAAGAUGCAAUAUUAAUUAAAUCAAGGUUCAUUUAGAGAAAUAUACAUUAUAUAAUAAACAUUAAUAUUAGCAUAAAUAAAUAAUAUUAAAAGAUGCAAAUAUUAAUAUACAUUAUCUAAUAAAUAUUAAUAUUAACAUAACUAAAGUAAUAUUCGAAAUUUAAGUAUAAAUAUUUUUGGUACACAUAAAAUCAAAUAUAUUAUUUUGUUAAUCGUAUUGAUUAUUUUCAAUAAUUUAAAGCAAUACAAGUACACUCGUAAGACUCUUAGGAGAGGUAUACAUCUCCUUAGAAACACAGUCUUUUUGACAGAAAAAGGGGGGAUCCGAGGAUCGCUUAGAACCCGAUUUUCCCAGGUCAUGGGGGGAUCAUGAUGAUCGCUUAAGUCCCCAUUUCCUUAGACAUGCAUUUCUUUAUAACAGAGUCUCAAUAAGUGUUGUAUUGUAUUGAUUUAAAUUAUUGAAAAUAAUCAAUACGAUUAACAAUUAAGUAAAUUAUUGUACAACAAAUAAAUUACUUUAACAAAAUACAAAUUACAAAUGAUGAUAAAUAAUAUGUACCUUGUGGUCGUUCCAAACGUCUCUUGAACGAUGAUUUGCUUGAUCGUAUAAAACUGUCGGAUCAAUCGGUCCUUGAUCAACAUAAUAUCGUUGAUUGAAAAUAUCAACAUUCGGCCCAACCUACGAUAGCAUAACAAUAACAUAAAUCAUUAGUAUAUAAAUUAAAUAAAUCAUUAUAACAACAACAACAAUUGGGAAAAAUGAGUACGUACCGUUUGAUAAUCAUCAUAAAAAAGACCCUCUUCUUGAGCGAAAUCGGCCAUUCUCUCGGAAUCCGGACAGAGGUUCGACGUUUUUUUAGUGAAAACCAAAGAAAAAGUAUUUUGGAGGCAGAUCGGACUUAGCCGCAACCAACAAAAAAACUAAUUCUAA